AAAGCACUCAAGCAGAUUCGAUACUUUCAACAAUGGCAUUCAAGUUUGUUAUCCUUGCUGCUUUCGCAGCUGUAGCUAACGCUGGUCUCCUCCCAGCUCAAGUGGCUUACGCUGCUGCCCCAGCUGCCCAUUUGGCGUACGCCGCCCCUGUCGUCAAGACUCUCGCUCCAGCUAUCGCCGUAGCCAAGACUGUUCAACCUGAACCAUAUGACCCUCAUCCACAAUACUCCUACGGAUAUGACGUCCAAGACGGUUUGACCGGAGACAGCAAAUCCCAACACGAAACCAGAGACGGAGAUGUUGUCCAAGGCCAAUACUCCGUUGUUGACCCUGACGGUACCCUCAGAACUGUAGACUACACCGCUGAUCCAGUCAACGGAUUCAACGCUGUUGUCAGCAAGCAACCUCUCCAUGCCAAAGUUGCUGUUGCCAAAGUUGCUGCUCCAAUCGCCUACGCCACACCUAUAGCUAAAGUGGCUACUCUUGCUCACGCUCCAGUUGCUUAUGCCGCUCCAGCUCAACUUGCCUACGCCGCUGCACCAGCAAUUGCUAAAAUCUACCACUAAACAAGGGACUGAAUUAUGUAUAUAAUUAUUUAUUUAUUUAUUCAAAUAUAUAAAAUCAAAGAGCAAUAAGUUUUUUCAUAAAAUAUAU